AUGGGUUUUAUCUUUAACACCCUUUAUCAGCUGGAUCCAAAGAUCGCUGUCCUUGUGGGGUUCCUGUUUGGCCUCACCCUUACUGCUUCAGAAGUGGUACCAGAGAACCUGCCCCGGCGGCAGUGGCGAGUGCUGGCGGCCGGGCUGACGUGCUGCACCGUGCUGGCCUUGUACGCCGCCAGCAGCCUGCAGGACCUGCCCCUGCUGCGGCGCCACCGGGACGAGGAGGACGAGCCGCUCAGCGUGCUCCUCUGGUGGGAGCCCUUCGGGAGCAGCCGGCCGCUGGGCGACUGCCGCGCGCGCUUCAACAUCAGCGGCUGCAGCCUCAGCGCCAACCGCAGCCGCCAGCAGGAGGCGCACGCCGUCCUCUUCCACCACAGGGACCUCAUCCUGCACGGCCCCGAGCACCUGCCCUGGGUCAGGCCCCCCGCCCAGCGCUGGGUCUGGAUGAACUUCGAGUCGCCCUCCCACUCCCCGGGCCUCCACAGCCUGGCCGGCAUCUUCAACUGGACCAUGUCCUACCGGGUGGACUCGGAUGUCUUUGUGCCCUACGGGUACUUGCGGGCCCGGCGGACUCCGGCCCACCUGAGCUUGCCCGCCAAGACCAAGCUGGUCGCCUGGGUCAUCAGCAACUGGAACGAGGAGCAUGCCCGGGUCCGCUAUUUCCACCAGCUGAAGAAAUACCUCCCCAUCGACGUUUAUGGGGCCCAGGGCCUGGAGCUGAAAGACGACAGCGUGGUCAAGACCAUCUCAGAGUACAAGUUCUACCUGGCCUUCGAAAACUCCCAGCACCCCGACUACAUCACGGAGAAGCUGUGGCGGAACGCCUUCAAGUCCAGGACCGUCCCCAUUGUGCUGGGGCCCCCCAGGUCCAACUACGAGCUUUUCGUCCCCGCGAACUCCUUCAUCCACGUGGACGACUUUGCCAGCCCCGCCCACCUGGCCAUUUACUUGAAAUUCCUCGAUAAAAACAAGAACAGGUACAGGAGAUAUUUCGCCUGGCGGAAAAGAUACGACGUCCAGGUGACUUCGUUCUGGGACGAACACUGCUGCAGGGUUUGCGAGGCGAUCCGGACGGCCGGGCACCAGCGCAAGACCGUCCAGAAUCUGGCCCACUGGUUCGAGAGCUAA